ACCUUUUCACUUUUGUUUUCUUUCAGAUUGCCGUGGUACUUUGUUUAUGUUGCCUAUUUCAUAGCAGUCACAACCUCCCUUAUCUGCUCAUUCUUUGUGAUGCUGUAUGGACUCAAGUACGGCUACGACAAAAGUGUGGCAUGGCUCAUUUCUUUCUGCACGUCGUUCUUCCAGAGUGCACUCAUUACAGAACCAGUCAAGGUUUUAGCUGUAGCGUUUCUGCUCACUCUGAUAUUCAGACAAAGCAUGCAGUAUGACACUGGAAAGCAAGAGCAAACAGCAGAUGAAGAGGAGUUCUUUAUGCAAGAUGAUUAUACAAAAUCAUCUACACACUAUAUAGCACCUGUGUCACAACGCCUCCUUAAAAACAUUCGCACUCAAAUCCUCAUGGACCAGCGCACUUGGGAGAUCCUGGUGGAGAUCUUGCUGUAUUUCACAUUUGUUGCCAUAGUGUUGCUGGUGGUUUUGGGCCACAGUGAUGUGAAAGAGUCCUACAGUGUUACCAAUGGUGUUGAGAAUAUCUACAUCCGUACAUUUGAACAUAACGAAACUAAAUAUUUUUAUAAAGUAACUGACUCACACACUAUGUGGGAAUAUUUGAAUGAUACGUUUUUGGACAAAGUCUUUUUGGGGCCAUCCACUCCAAUUCCAAAUACACUAUCAUUUCUUGUGGGAAGGACAAGAUUGCGACAAAUAAGAAUACGUGAAGGAUCUUGUAUCCACUUUCUGGAUUUGAAGUCAAGACUAAAUUCAUCAGAAGAGUGUUUUCCACCCUAUAGUUAUGGUGCUGAAGAAUCUCGUUCUUACACUGAAAACUGGGAACAUGAAACAACUGACGAAAAGAUAACAAAGUGGACAUAUCAGUCUGGAUCUAGUCUAGACACCCUUCCAAUUAUGGGAAGGCUCGACAUCUAUCCUGGUGGGGGAUAUAUUCUUCAGUUACCAAGACAUCCUUAUAAGGCACGAGAGCUUAUAGAAAAAGUUAAAAAGACAAAAUGGAUUGAUGAACGGACACGGGUAGUGUUUGUGGAAUUCACUCUCUUCAACCCAAAUGUCCAGCUGUUCACUGUAGUGGUGCUGAUGUUUGAAUACUCCAACACUGGUUUCGUGUUUCCUUACCAUCUGAUUUACACGGCUAACUUCUAUCACUACCAGAAUGAAUUUGAGACCUUUGUUGCCAUUGUCGAGGUCCUCUUUGUUAUAUAUCUGUUUAUUUUUACUUAUGCUGAAUUAAAAAAAAUUCUUAAUAUGAAAUGUCUUGACUACUUCAAUGAGUCAUGGACAUUCGUUGAACUAACCAUUUUGUGUUUAGCGUACUCCACCAUUGCUCUGUUUGUUAAUCGGCUUCUUGUGUGUAAUCAUCUCGUAAACACUUUUUCAGACCAUAAUUUCGAGAAGUUUGUUAAUUUUCACACUGCUGCAUUUUAUGAUUCCUUACUGAGAUAUGUUAUGUCAAGUUUAGUCCUGUUGGUAAUUGUCAAGUUCUUCAAACUGCUUCGUUUCAAUGUCCGAUUGUCCAUGCUUGCACAAACACUUCAUUCCGCAAGAGGAAGACUGAUCGCAUAUUCGUUUUCUUUGUUUGGAUUCACCAUGGCAUUUGCUAUAUUUGCUGUUCUCGUUUUUGGCACUACACUUGAAGGAUACAGAAAUAUUCCAAGGACAGUUAUAACCAUGUUCCUUUUUAUGAUGGGAAAGUCUGAUUACUAUGGUCUUUAUGAAGGCAAUGCUGUUCUUGGUCCAUUGUUUUUCUUUCUCUUUUCUUUGACAUUUCAGUUUCUGUUAGUGCAGUAUUUUAUUACUCUUCUCAUGGAUUCAUUUCAUACUACAAGGAUUCACAUAGCCACGGUAAAAACUGAAGUUCACAUGGUUCAGUACAUUCUUAGGAAAUUCCGUUUGAUAACGAUGCUUGAUUCACAAAAAAAGCAGGAAAAACGUAAAAUUGUUGAACAUUUCUAAAAUCUAUUUGUUAAUUGUGUUCCAAAGUAUUUUGUUACAGGCAAAAUGUUGCUUUUUAUGAUGGUCAAGUCCUAUUACUAUGGUCUUUAUGAAGGCAUUGCUGUUCUUGGUUCAUUAAUUGUUUUUGUUUCUCUUUUCAUUGAUAUUUCAGUUUAUGUUUGUGCAGUAUUUUAUUGCUCUUCUCAUGGAUUCAUUUCAUAUUAUCAUGAUUCAGAUAGUCUUGGUAAAAACUGAGGUUCACAACAACAAAAAAAGAAGCAAAAACAUAAAAUUGUUGAAGAUCUGUUUGUUAAUUGUUCCAAAGUAUUUUGUUAAAGGCAAAGUAAAAACUGAGGUUCACAUGGUUCAGUACAUUCUUAGGAAAUUUAAUUUGAUAACGAUGCUUGAUUCACACAAAAAGCAGGAUAAACGUAAAAUUGUUGAAGAUUUCUAAAAUCUGUUUGUUAAUUGUUCCAAAGUAUUUUGUUACAGGCAAAAUGUCCGAUUAUGAAGGCAAUGUUGUUCUUCGUCCAUUGUUUUUGUUUCUCUUUUCAUUGAUAUUUCAGUUUCUGUUUGUGCAGUAUUUUAUUACUCUUCUCGUGGAUUCAUUUCAUAUUAUCAGGAUUCAGAUAGUCUUGGUAGAAACUGAAGUUCACAAAAACGCAGCAAAAACUGUAACAUUGUUGAAGAUCUGUUUGUUAAUUGUUUCAAAGUAUUUUGUUACAAAGUGAAAAUAAAAUAUACUGACUGGU